GCUGACGUCAGAACGCCUUUGAGCUCGAAAAUGUUUAGGAGCGUUAUGCGAGCUGGGAGCUUUGGGGGAUUUUCCGAGAAGGAAAUAAUAAAAAUAUACCCUUGAUAAGCCAUUCUAGAAACACCGUUUUGGUGUAUUUUGUUUUUCCCGACAGUCUAGCUUCGUGGUGAAGUUUUAAUCUUAGGUCAGACCUAAGGGAAAGUUAGCUAUUUCUUUUCCGGAGUGAUGUCGAAUCCUGGGACUCGGAGGAACGGGUCUAGCAUCAAAAUCCGACUGACAGUAUUAUGUGCCAAGAAUCUGGCAAAGAAGGAUUUCUUCAGGUUACCUGACCCUUUCGCUAAAGUAGUAGUAGAUGGAUCCGGACAGUGCCAUUCCACAGACACAGUCAAGAGCACAUUGGACCCCAAGUGGAACCAGCAUUAUGACCUAUAUAUUGGGAAAACCGAUUCCAUAACCAUCAGUGUAUGGAACCACAAGAAAAUCCAUAAGAAACAGGGAGCUGGCUUCCUGGGCUGUGUGAGACUGCUGUCCAACGCCAUUAGCAGGCUAAAGGAUACUGGCUAUCAGCGUUUGGAUCUAUGCAAAUUAAACCCCACUGACAGCGACACAGUUCGGGGCCAAAUUGUAGUAAGUCUACAGACCCGGGACCGGAUAGGUAGUGGAGGACCAGUGGUGGAUUGCAGAGGACUUUUAGAAAAUGAAGGACCAGUGUAUGAAGAUUCGGGACCAGGAAGGCCACUAAGCUGCUUCAUGGAGGAGCCUCUGCCAUACACCGACAGCACAGGAGCUGCAGGAGGGGGCAGCUGCCGCUUUCUGGAAUCGCCCAGUCAAGAACAAAGACUUCAGGCACAACGGAUCAGAAAUCAGGAGCCCAGAGGUCACGCACACACUCCUCAAAACCGACCACAUGGGCAUCAGUCACCUGAGCUCCCUGAGGGUUACGAGCAAAGGACAACAGUACAAGGCCAGGUUUAUUUUCUGCACACACAGACUGGUGUAAGUACUUGGCAUGACCCACGAAUACCAAGAGACCUCAACAGUGUGAGCUGUGAAGAUCUAGGGCCUCUGCCCCCUGGCUGGGAGGUCAGAAGUACAGUGUCAGGAAGAAUAUAUUUUGUUGACCACAACAACAGAACAACACAAUUCACUGACCCUAGGUUACACCAUAUAAUGAGCCAGCAGUCUCAGGUGAAGGAGUCCAGCCAGACUCUGCCCACGCAAACUGAGGUGUCGGUGGAGGAGGGGGAGGGCGAGGUGCCCGUGCGCUACGAGAGGGACCUGGUGCAGAAACUCAAAGUGCUCCGGCACGAGCUAUCCCUGCAGCAGCCCCAGGCCGGGCACUGUCGGAUUGAAGUUUCCCGGGAGGAGAUAUUUGAGGAGUCUUACAGGCAGAUCAUGAAAAUGAGGCCCAAAGACCUGAAAAAACGGCUGAUGGUGAAAUUUCGUGGUGAAGAAGGGCUAGACUAUGGUGGUGUGGCUCGGGAGUGGUUGUAUCUCCUGUGCCAUGAGAUGUUAAAUCCAUACUAUGGGCUCUUCCAGUACUCUACAGAUAAUAUCUACACUCUGCAGAUAAAUCCUGACUCUUCAAUCAAUCCUGACCAUUUGUCUUAUUUCCACUUUGUUGGCCGAAUAAUGGGCUUGGCAGUUUUCCAUGGACAUUACAUUAAUGGUGGAUUUACACUGCCUUUCUAUAAGCAGCUGUUGGGAAAGCCCAUCCAGCUGUCAGACCUGGAAACCGUGGAUCCUGAGCUGCACAAGAGCCUAGUAUGGAUUCUUGAGAAUGACAUCACCCCUGUUCUGGAUCAUACAUUUUGUGUAGAGCAUAACGCAUUUGGCAAAUUUCUCCAGCACGAGCUCAAACCAAAUGGUAGAAACAUUCCAGUAACGGAGGAGAACAAAAAGGAGUAUGUAAGGCUCUAUGUGAACUGGAGGUUUAUGAGAGGGAUUGAAGCUCAGUUUCUUGCCUUGCAGAAGGGCUUUAAUGAGUUGAUUCCUCAGCAUCUGUUAAAGCCUUUUGAUAACAAGGAGUUAGAGCUGAUAAUUGGAGGCCUGGGGAAGAUUGACCUCAAUGACUGGAAGGCCAACACACGACUGAAACACUGCGUGGCAGACAGCAACAUCGUCAAGUGGUUUUGGCAGGCAGUGGAGUCGUUUGAUGAAGAGAGGAGAGGGAGGCUUCUCCAGUUUGUUACGGGCUCUACCCGCGUGCCUCUGCAAGGGUUUAAGGCACUGCAAGGUUCUACAGGUUCUGCAGGACCAAGACUGUUCACUAUCCACUUGAUAGAUGCCAACACAGACAAUCUGCCUAAAGCCCACACAUGCUUUAACCGGAUUGACAUUCCACCUUACGAAUCGUACGAGAAGCUGUUUGAGAAGCUCCUGACUGCGGUGGAGGAGACCUGUGGCUUUGCAGUGGAGUGAAGAGCUCCUCUUCAGUACGGGCUGCUUAGUGAUGAGCAGUUGCCAAAUCAGCCAGGAGAGGACUUCCCUGUGGGCUUCCUGCUGAGCAGUGUGGAGUAAGAGGACAAGGACCGUUAGGCCUAGGAGCAUGGCCCUUAAGGGCAACAGUGUGAGCGAGAGAGGCAAUGCCAAGGGUUACGAACAUUAACACUAAGAAUUUUACAGGUAUUUAUUCUUUGUGUGUUUGGGGGGCAGAUUUAACAUGAAAGGUUUCACUAACAACAUCCCUUUUCCGAAUUCACAGAUUUGUGCCGACUAAUUGGAAUCUUGGGGUUUCUAGUCCCAAAGCUUUGCUUUAGCAAAUCUGGGCUGCACACCUUCAGUAAACAGAACCCCACAUUUUUUGUCCACAAGAGAACUGAGAUUAUCUGUAAGGACAAACAUACUUACUUGUAGACCUAUCUGAUAACAAAGCCAAUCUACCUAAAGCAAAUACUUGCUAAAGUACAUAGUCUAAAUACUUAACAUAUGAAUUGGGAAUUUCAUCUUGUAUGACAUGUCUACUUGUGUAUGUUUUUCUUUGUGUCUAAUUCAUGAUAUUUUUAUAUAUCUAGUUUCAGUACUGGAAGAUGGCUUUGUACAUUUUAGGCUUAAGACCAGGUAUCCAUUUCUUUCGUUACUCAUGUUUGUUUUUUUAAAAAAUCACUGUUAUUUUCACACUUAAUUGCGUGUUGCGUGAAAUGUAUAAAAGAAAAAGGUAUAUUUUUAAUUACUAAGAGAACUAAUUAUGUCAUGAUCGAGGCUAUUAUAGGUCAGUCUUAGACCUCCUUGGUGACCUAUGGACACAAAAGCCUAGGCAGCCCCUAAUUUCUCCCAACCGUUUGGUUGGAAGUUGGAAAAUCCAGAUCCUAUUACUAUAGUGGCACUUGAACGAGGAACAAUGCAGGUCUUUGCAGGUAUCAGAUACAGUAGGUGAAAAUGUAGAUUAGAAGGGGCAGCUUUUUCAUACUCCUUUACUCUCCAUUUCAAGGUUUAAGCUUGGAACUUUAUAUGAUGAUUUGCACAUAGGAAUAGUCAUAUUAAACAGGUCUACUGGGAAUUAUUAUGUUUUAAUGUUUUCCCCAGUGUGUUACAAUAAUUGCAAAGUUGGACUGGGUGGCAAGAAAUAUGAACAAUACUUUCCACACAACAUCUGAUUUUGUAAAAGGAAGAAUGAAGAUACCAAUGGAACAAAACUACUGAAGAGACCAAUACCUCUUCUGAUCUGACUUGACAGUGAAAUAUUUUCUAAAACUAAUGUUAGUUUUAUUGAGAAGCGCAGUAGUUAAGUGAUUAGUAACCUCAGAUGCAAUUAAGUAAAAGGUGUCCGUUAAUGUAUCCGCAUACACAGCAACUGGUAAAAGUGAGCUGUGUAAGUGGUUUGCUAGAUGUACUCACUCCACCACAGCAGGCUCAUGAGGGCAGCCUAGGAAGAUCGUUUUCUAUAUUCUCAAAUUUAAUUAAGGUUUUGUAGAUAUUUUAUAAGUCUUCUGAACAUUGUAAUACUGUGUGUUCAGUUUUAACAUUACCGCUUCCAGAUCAGAAUCAACUAUCGGGAUGUGUAUUCUUCGAGCUUCGAUUUUAGAGUUGUUCAGUGAGACAGUGUUAAGAAAUUAAAUGGUGGCAGCACAGUGAGUUGGAUACAGUGAACUUACUAAGCCCCUUUUCACUUUUGACUAGUUCGUUAGUACAUAUUCACCCAACUCUUUUAAUUUUUGGCAGUCUGUUUUAACAAUUUAAAACCAAAAAUAAAUCUUAGGUUUUGGAGUCUUAAAAUACAUCUUCAGUUUUUUUUGUGUGUGUGGUAAACAAAAGGAGAGAGGAAUUUACUCCCUCAUUGUUUAUGAUAAGGACAUUGUAAACUGGAGCAAAGAGCCUGGAUUCUCUGGAACAUACAUGAUUGAAACUGGUAAAAUCAGAAAGACAGACUAAAGGAGGUCUAAGAUUUCAAUGUGCAGUGCUUGAAGUGCAUGACACCAUGCUUUCCUUUUUAUAUUGAAAAUAAAUGAGCCAACUUCAUUGUUUUAAGUGUUCUGCAACCACUUGAUUUUUUUUACUAAUUAUUUAUUACUAUGUAAUGUCCUUUUUUAAGUAUUGCUGCUAUCAUUAUUCCCUUUUUUAAAAAAAGCUGAUUGUUUGUGAAAGCUGUACACUAAUCUCUUUAUUUUAUGUACAAAUCAAAGUAUUUAAAACUGCUGCUAUUAUGAAUUUAGAUAAAACCGUAGAAGACAGACAAAUGGAGUUAGCAGUGAUUGAGGCUAGACCCCGGAGGUCACGUUCAUGUUUGUGAUAUAUGCAAUAAAAACUGACAACUUUAUAUACUU